AGACUCGCUCGCCAUGCCCUAAGCACUGAUGUUAUCCUAGAGAAUUGGAUGUACUAUAGUCUCCGUUUACUGAUGGCCAUUUAUUGUGAUGCUAGAAAGCCCCCUUGCUUUAAGCCAAAGAUACGGAAACCUCAAGGAGGGAAGCAAGAGAAAAAAAUUAUCCAUCCCUACAGCAGAAAAGCUGCACAGCUUGCAAGGGAAGUACACAAACAGGAAAAGAAAGAAAAGUUGAAGACUGACAAAGCUUUGCGUUUAAGUAUUAUUGGAGAAAAACUGCAAUGGUUUCAAAGUCACCUUGAUCCCAGUAAAAUCGAGUACACAAAGAAGGAAGCUGGUGAACUAAUUGAAAAUUAUAUGUGUCGAUUUGAUGCUGAAUUGGAGCAGAUUGAAUUACAAAACAGUAUUAAAGGCAGACAAGGAAGACAGCAUGGUUCACGGGAAACUGUCAUCAAGCAGACAAUAGAACGUGAAAGACAACUCUAUGAGGGCUAUGGAAUAGAAAUCCCAGACAUUAUGAACAGAAAGCAUCUUAAAUUUUUCAGAGAAUGGGAUGGUGAUCUGAGGAAACUGCCAAACAUCAAAAUGAAAAAGCUCUCUGCUAGGGAUGCUGUCUGCAGUCACCCUGAGGUGACAGAUGCAGAAGCAAAAGAAGACUUGAAUGAAGAAGAAGAAGAGGUGGGCCCUGAUGAGCACCAGAUGAUUCAAGAGCAGAAAUAGUGAAGGGAAUUGUAAGAAAUUUAUUUUAAUUUUCACUGGAAACAAAAAUAAAAUUUAACUAUAUUUCUAAAGGCUUUGUUAGUUACUUUUUUAUUAUCUGUUUACCUACAGUGAAGAGUAAACAAUGUUUCUGGGUAAUGCUGUAUAUUAUUGGAUAAAGUUGUUUUACCAUAAAUAAAUACUUUAAACCUUAA